CCGAUACAUCAACAGCUGCAUCAAUACUUACAGUUUCUGUCAUACCAUCUUCAGUUGGUGCCACAAAAAAUGUGGUUGCUUCCACAAAUGUCUUGUUGGCAAGCACAGUAUUCACAGCUGCAACAACAAACACACCAACCAAAGCUGCUCCCAAUACAAUCCCAAUUGCUGCCACACUGACUGCUGUGACAACCACAACUACAUCUGCAACAACUAAAGCCACAUCUACAACUGCUGCAUCCAUAACCACAAGUUCUGCCAAAACCUCCAGAUUUCCUGAUACAACAAACACAGCUGCCACAACUUUCUCAGCCUCUUCUACUAGAAAUACAUUAACUCCAACCACAAUUCCUCCCAAAAUCAACACGGCUAUCACAACUACAACUACAGACUCGACAGCAAAACCUACAGCAAGUGAGGGGACAAUAGAAUUAGGAUUCAGAAUGAUACGGCCAUUUUUAAGUGACUACUCAGACUCUUCAACAACAGCAUAUCAGGAACUAGCAGCAAAUGUUACCACAGAAGUGAAUCGUGGUUACAAUUUACUUUACCCUUUAACGUACCUAAGGUGUAGGAUCAUUCAAUUCACGAGUGGCUCCGUCAUUGUCAACAUGACCCUUAUUUUUAAAAACCAGACAGUGGUUCCAAAUAUAACAAGUGUACAGCAGGCAUUGGCCCUGUCUCUGGCUGACGAACACAUCUUCUUAAAUGUCGAUCCUACCUCCAUUAGUGCCACCGGGAUAACCACUACCACCACUACCACCACUACCACCACUACCACCACUACCACAAACCCAAGUACAGCGGUUCCAAUUACAGCGACCAGUGCCUCAUCAGGAGCCAACACCUUGAGAAUCAACAAGGGGACUGCAGUUUGGCUACCCAUACUCUUCACCAUGUUAACAGGACUAUCCCUUUUGAAUUAAAAUACAUUCAUCAUGGGGGAAAACAAAUAUCAGUAUUAAAGCGGGAACUAGAAGGAAUGCAAGUGGAGCAGGAAACUAGCUCUGCCUUAUCCAGAAGGGAGUGAUUUUAACAAUUAAAUUGAACAACUUGUUUUAACUGAAAAUAAUGCUAAAUCCAAAGCAGUUAAUUAUGACAUUACCCCAAAGCAACCUGAACAUUGAUAUGGUUUUAUAUGAAAACAAACAGAAUAAGUGUAAUUAUGUAUCUUUUCAAAAGCUUUGUUUAAAUGUAAAUUACUGCAAUUAAUAUACUGGGCAGAUUGCAGAUACAUUCUAAAACCCUUAAAACAAGUGUCUAAAAAGAAAAGUGAUUAAAACAAGAAAAAGU